CCUUUCACUAGUCGAUACUCUCUCGUAUCUCUCGCCGCAAUCCGUUUUCCUCGAGCAUCCAACGGUUAGCGGCACGCCUGGCGCUUACUUCACGUGGUACACCGCAUCCUCGCUAUAAAGGAGGGUUAGCCGUGCACGGGCAUUGAGCAUCAUUCCCUCCCAGCGAAGAAGCGCGUGACUGUUGACCGACACUUGGUUUCCUCGUUUUGUGACUGUCGUUUUGCUAGCGGUGGCGGGAGACUGAUUUGAAAACCAGGCGGGGUAGCAGACGGGACGAGCGGGCGCGAAAGCGAGCAGGAGAGAGGAGGAGAGAAGGUGGACGACGGGCGCUGAAGCCAACGGGAGACUUGAGAAGGUUUAGACAGGAUGCCGAAAUCGAAACGCAACCGAUUGGUGACUCUAUCGCGCGUGACUAAGAAGGGGCGCGAGCAGAAGGAGUCACUUGUGGAGGCGGUGCGAGCAGCGGUGGAGGAAUACUCGGACGUAUACGUGUUCGAGUUCGACAACAUGCGCAACACCAAACUUAAAGAGCUCCGAGACGAGCUCAAGGGCUCCUGCAGGUUCUUUCUGGGCGCCAACAAGGUGCUGCAGGUGGCGCUGGGGAGAGACAAGGCCACGGAGCACAGGGAGGGGCUGCACCGUUGCAGUGAGCUGAUCGAGGGUCACCGCGGACUGCUGUUCACAUCCCUUCCAAAGGAGCAGGUGGAGAAGCGGUUCAGCGAGCUGGCAGAGCCCGACUUCGCGCGCACUGGCAGCAUUGCCACAGGCACGGUGGAGCUCCCAGAGGGCCCUCUCACGCAGUUCAGCCACGACAUGGAGCCGUUCCUAAGGAAGCAGGGCAUGCCAGUGCGGCUCAAUAGAGGGGUGAUUGAACUGGUGGCUGACUUCACUGUGUGCACAGAGGGCCAACCGCUCUCCCCAGAGGCGGCAACCAUUCUGCGGCUAUUGGGAGAGAAGAUGGCCGUCUUUCGCCUGCACCUGCUCGCUCGCUGGACGGACGGGUCUUUUGAGCUGCUGCCUGCAGGCGAGGCGGCAGCCAAGGCUGGGAGUGCAAAGGGCAGCAAGGGAGGGUUUGUGGAGGGGUUUUAUGAGUCGGAUGAGGAGGGAAGUGAGGAGGGGGAUGAAGAGGAAGGGGGUGGUGACGAGGCCGCUUAGUGCAUGUGCUUGUUUUUCUGGUAAAGUAAAAUAUAGAAGGAAAGCUGUUAUUCGUUCUCCGCUCAUGAGGUGCCUCUAUCUGCCUCUCGAAGAGUGGAAAUCUUUGUUCGCUUGUUGCUUCGUCUUGCAUUGAAUAACAGCCCAACGUAAAAGUGAUAUAAUAGCAGUUAGGA